AUGGCGCAGAACAACACUUAUGGAACCGUUUCUGGUGGAGCUCGACAUGGCAAUGGUUUGCUCAAUGGUGCUGAUGCCGAACGAGCCGCGUUGCUCGGCAAGCCGGACGGUCAUGACAGCCUCACUGCGAAGCUGGGGAGGCACAUGACGAGAGACAUCAGCAAAUCGUGGGGUGAUCUGAUGCUGUUGGGCUGCUAUAUCAUCACCGGACUGCUAGACAGCAGCAGCGUGCAGGUUUGGGGCAGCUUCGUCAGUAUGCAGACAGGUAACACGGUCUAUCUUGGCUUGGGUCUGGCAGCUCCUUAUGCCAGUACUCGUUGGAUUCGCGCUGGCAUCUCCGUGAGCUGUUUCUGCCUUGGAAGUGCUUUCUUCGCUCGCUAUCACCGUUACUUCGGCCAGCGCAAACGCUGGGUCAUGGUAUCGGCAUACACACUGCAACUGCUCAUGAUCCUUGCGGCGGCCUUGAUGGCGACUUUGGGUCCACAAACUGGUCCCUCGGGUGGCGUUACCGUCUGGGUUGCCGUACCUAUAGCACUUAUCGCUUUUCAGUCUGCAGGACAGGCUGUCACAAGUCGGGUGCUGAGCUACGGCGGCCUAACGAGCGUAGUGUUGACGAGCAUCUACUGUGAUCUGUUCUCGGAUCAAAAGUUGUUCUCGGCUUUCACGGAAAACGUGGAGCGGAAUCGGAGGGCUGCCGCUCCGCUCAUGGUGCUUGUUGGCGCAUUGGCUGGAGGCUUAUGGGCACACAGCGAGUGGGGCAUGGCAGGCGCCCUAUGGACUGGUGUGGUGCUGAAAGCCAUGGUGACGGUGGGUUGGCUGCUCUGGAAGGCUGACCCGGAUAUUUAA